UAUAUAUUAAAAUAAACUAAUCUAACAGAAUCCUUAAUUGACUUAAUUGAAAAUAACUAGGUAUUGAAACAAUGUCGGUGGACCACAAUGAAAAAUAUAUUUUUGAGGCUGAGUGGUACGAUAAAAUAGCCAGUAUCCUAAAGAAAUUCUAUUUAUACUAUUAUUCAUAUGACAAUACUGUAGAGUUGUUUGAUAUAAAAGCACGAAAAACAUUUCUAAGGAGAACAAAAUGCGAGGGCAUACAGGCGGAAGAUUUUUACGUGGGUGCUGUUGUAACAAUAUUUUCGCGAAAUAUAAAAAUAACGGAUUAUGCGGAUUGCACCACCCGAACGAAAUUGCAAACAAAAAUGCAAAAAACAUUCGCAAUCGUGAAAUCAGAUGCCAUUGACAGUUUAGGAGAAAUAUUGAAACGAAUAGUCUCCUGUAAUUUUCACAUUGCAAAUAUAAAAAUGGUCAAAUUGAGUCAAGAGGAGGCCGCAAAUUUCUGUCAACAGAGAGAAAGCACAGACAUAGCGUACAUUGUAAAUUAUCUCAUCUCCGGUCCCAUUGUAGCUUUAGAAUUAUUGGGUGAUCAUGCAAUUAGUCGUUGGCUUGAACUGAUUGGACCAGAAGAUAGCGAACAAGCUCGUUCUGAAGCUCCAAAUUCGCUGAGAGCUUGUUUUGGUAAAGAUGGUAUUUACAAUGCGUUGCAUGGCUCCCUGAAUGAAGAAGCUGCAAUAAAAGAACUACAAUUGUUCUUCCCCGAUUCAAAAAGCAAGGACAAGGGACCAGCAAAUACAGCUACUUUGAAGGAUUGCACCUGCUGCAUCAUUAAGCCACAUGCUGUUCAAGCUAAACUAACUGGGAACAUUAUUGACGACAUUCUGAAAGCUGGUUACACUAUUUCUGCCAUACAGCAAUUUAAUGUUAAUCCGUUUGAUGCAGAAGAAUUUCUAGAAGUAUACAAGGGUGUUCUCCCUGAUUAUGGGGCCAUGGUAGGAGAGUUGCAGUCAGGACCAUGCAUUGUUAUGGAAUUAAAACACAAUGAUCAGAACUUUGAUGUACAGGGAGAAUUCAGAAAAUGGUGUGGCCCCAUGGACCCUGACAUUGCACGUCAAGUAAGACCAGACACACUUCGAGCUAAGUAUGGGAAAACAAAAGUACAGAAUGCUAUACAUUGCUCUGAUUUACCAGAAGAUGGAAGUUUAGAGGUGGAAUACUUCUUCAAGAUCCUUGAUAGCAGUUAGACACUAAAGAAACAUUAAGAGUUUACC